AUGGCACCUUCAACGAUUGGGGACGUCUGUGAUGCCCCGGAUUAUCAACUCUCCACACCAAUCAAGCCCAUCCAUCAUGAAGGCGCUUUGAUGCAUAGAUCCCUUGUACAACAUCCUUACAUGGUUGAGUCUGCGCAAGGAAUCGAGUUAAAGUUGUCCAGCGGCCAAACCAUCAUCGACGGCUGUGGCGGUGCAGCGGUCGCGCUCGUCGGACAUGGAUGCGAGGAAGUCAUCCAAGCCAUCACCGACCAAGCCCGCAAAGUCAGCUACGUUCAUACACAAUCUUAUACCACUGCACCUGCAGAAGAACUUGCCGAUGUUCUUUUGCAAGGUAACCCGUACGGCCUGGAAAAGGCAUUCUUCGUCGGCAGUGGCAGCGAAGCUGUCGAGUCAGCACUGAAGCUUGCUCGUCAAUACCAUUACGAAAAGGGUGAUUUGGACAAAGUACAUAUCAUCUCUAGACGUCAAUGCUAUCACGGAAACACAAUGGCUACCAUGUCUAUCUCUACAAACCUUGCUCGCCGGGCCCCCUACCAUGGCUUCCUUUAUCCCAAUGUAUCUCAUGUCUCGCCUGCCUUUGCCUAUCAUUACAAGGACAGCUCCGAAAGUGAGGACCAAUUUACCGCUAGAUUACUGGUCGAACUUGAAGAAGGAUUCCUGCGUGCAGGACCUCAAAAAGUCGCUGCAUUUAUCGCCGAGACAGUAGUUGGCGCAACAUCUGGAUGUGUGGCUGCUCCAGCUGGCUACUUCAAAGGUGUCAGAGCUUUAUGCGACAAGUAUGAUAUCGUCAUGAUUCUUGACGAGAUCAUGUGCGGUAUUGGCCGCACAGGCACUUUCUUUGCUUUCGAGCAAGAAGAGGUAGUGCCCGAUAUCAUGACGGUUGCCAAAGGCCUCGGAGGUGGUUAUGCUGCCAUUGCCGGCGUUCUCAUCCAUAAGCGAGUGGUCGACGUUCUGAGACAAGGUUCAGCCACUUUCAAUCACGGACACACCUACCAAGCCCAUCCAAUCUCUUGUGCCGCUGCAUUGGCUGUGCAAAAGAUUAUCCGACGGGAUAACCUUGUUGGGCGGUGUGCCAAGAUGGGGUUGGUCCUUGAAAGAAUGCUAAGAGAAGAUCUCAGUAGGUGUAGGUCAGUUGGAGACAUUAGAGGUCGGGGCUUAUUUUGGGGAGUUGAGUUUGUGAAGGAUCAAAAAUCGAAGCAGCCAUUUGAACCUACAGCUAAGUUUGGCUUGUUGGUACAACAACUUGCCUUCGAGAAGGGUGUUGCUCUGUACCCAGGUAGUGCAACUAUCGAUGGAGUCAACGGAGACCACAUUCUGCUUGCGCCGCCAUUUACAGUAACUGAGGAUCAGCUGCGGACCAUCUCUCGGACGUUGAAACAAGCAGUGGAAGCAGCAGAAAGAACGGUGUUCUUUGACUAA